GUGAACACAUCGUGUACAGCGAGGAGGGAGAUGGAAAUCUGUCUUCAUUUUUUGAUUCUCUCUUCCACAAUCAGUCUCUCCGCUGCAGAAUUUCACUGUGAUCAAGGAUAUCAUCUCUAUGGGGAUUACUGCUAUCACUUCAACAGUGAAUCAGAUAAAACGUGGCAGGAUGCUGAAAACUAUUGCAGCUCCCAGAACGGACACCUGGCCAGCGUCCACAACCAGGAGACAGUCAGAUUCAUAACAGCUUACAUUCCCAGAGCUUCCUGGAUUGGACUUAAUGACCGACUACAUGAGGGAAACUUUGUCUGGUCUGAUGGAACGCCUUCCGACUUCUUGCCAUGGGCCCUGGGUCAGCCGGAUAACUGGAAGGAUGAUGAGCACUGCGUACAUAUCCUCAGCACGGAGACCUCUAAUACGGGAAAAUUCAAUGACAUACAUUGCUCUAACGCCUACACGUUCAUCUGCCAGAAAGGAAAAAAUGUAGGUCCUCCACCAGUUCCACUCACUGCUGUAACAGGAGCUCAGUUAAGAAUGACACCAAGAUCAUCAGCUAGAGAUCCAUCCAGCCUUCCACUGGUUCUCUUUGUGUUGGGAAUGGUGCUCUUCCUGGCCUUAGUGCUUCUGCUGCUCCUGUUUUGCCAGUACAGAGCGCUCAGGAGAACCACUUUAUCCUGUUCUACAAGGUCACAAGCAAGCUGGAGCCUAUCCCAGCUGACUACGGAGGAAAGGCGGGGUACACCCUGGACAAGUCGCCAGGUCAUCACAGGGCUGACACAUAGACACAGACAACCAUUCACAUUCAUAUUCACACCUACGGUCAAUUUAGAGUCACCAGUUAACCUAACCUGCAUGUCUUUGGAGUGUGGGAGGAAACCAGAACACCCGGAGGAAACCCAUGCGGACACAGGGAGAACAUGCAAACUCCACACAGAAAGGCCCUCGCCGGCCACAGGGCUCGAACCUGGACCUUCUUGUUAUGAGGGGACAGCACUAACCAUUACACCACUGUGCCGCCCCUAUUAUUAUUAUUAUUAUUAUCCACUCCCAGAUGUCUCUAAGACUCAGCCUGAGGCAGUCUAUGAGGAAAUCGACCACAGAUCCAUCACUAGAAGAAGCAGGAGCUCCACUCAAAGAGGAAGUCUCCUCUCUGAAGAACAGCAUUCUGGGUAUGAGCAUGUGGAUGAUGAGCUUCUCUCAGGUAAAAAAGCCCAGAGUGUGAGUUUGUCGAACUCCAUGAACUGAACGAGAUUAGAAUUGCAAUUAAAAAUCAGAAAUGACUAAACGUGUCCUUUCUGAGACGUGAUUAUGAUGUAUUGUAUGGAAGAAUUACAGGAACUCCAGUGUUUUAAUGCUGACACAUGACAUCUCACAAUCAACCUGAUCUUACUUUAAGCUUCUGAAAUCCCUCUUAUCAAAUUGAUCAAAGCUUCUUUGGAUGAGGAUUUUAUUGAGUAUAAAUGUGUUUAAAAACCCCAAACAAACAAAUGGUUCUUUUUACAGUCAAGUCUGGGAUCAGAGAAAAGGCGGCGUAUUAUGAUAUCAUCGACACCAGUGACUUCAUAAGUGGGUGCAGUUGUGAACUGAUCCCAUAAAUUUAGUGACUUGACAUGAAACCAUGAGGUCAGAAUGUGAUGGAGCUGUUUGUACAGACCCUCUGCUUUUAUUUCAUUUAGGUGAUACAGGAAGAGUCGAAGUGACAUUCCAUGUCCCAACAGCUAGCCGCUGUGUUUGGGGAUCAGGUCAUCGAGGCCCCUGCCUUCAACUGCUGCCCAAUCCACAAACCUUGGAUCCAGGAGGAACAAUGCGGUUUUUGUCCUGGUCGUGGAACACUGGACCAGCUCUGUACCCUUCAUAGGGUGCUUGAGGGUUCA